GCAUAGUUACACAGUUGCACCUAACAUAUCUUCACGAGAAUUCAUUGUGGGUUCAUCAUUUUUCUUUCCUUCCAACGAUGUUGUAGCUCAUCUUCUUUGUUGAAUGUUCAAACCCUAUAUUGUUUCAUUCUUAUCCGAUUUUUCUUUCCGUGAAUCGUUUAUUUCCUACAAUGGCGACGGCGGCAUUCAAAUCUACGACUAAGAGAACACCCAUAGGAGCCUCAUCGGCUUCUUCCACCGACGAUUCCAGUUCCUCUAAUCGCAACUACUCCGCUUACCGUCGUGCUCGAAGUCUUAGCCGAGCGCCCCGCCGGGUUCCUUCUCAUGACUUGGCCAAUGACCCUGAUGAAUUCCCUGCACCAAGAGGGAAAUUCGUUAAUACUGUCAGGGGUUCUGGGUUUCCUGAGAUCAGUCUUGAUGAUCUUGCCAUUGAAUUCUUCGAAUCUGCCAAUCGAGGUCGCAUGGCUUCGAGACACUCUGAGCUCAGUCCUGCGAAUGGAGCCACUGCAUCACGGAGUCGCAUGGCUUCGAGACACUCUGAGCUCAGUCCCGCGAAUGGAGCCACCGUGUCACAGAGGCGCGGGAGGUCUGUUUCGAGGAAGAGCUCUGGAGUGAUCAAUGAUGGAAGGGGCAACUCUGAUUAUGGUGCUAACAGAGAUGGAGGGUCAGAUGCUCAUACGGGAAGGAGGAGAUCGCUCUCGGUGGUACGGUACCAGAUUAGUGAUUCUGAGAGCGAUCCGGAUCAUUCUCGGAAUUCUAAAAGUCGUGUGAAUCUCAGAAGUAUUGAUGUGGCAAACAAGCCAAUACAUAAGACGGUUGCAUCUGAUCAAACACCAGUGCUGAGAAGGUCCCUUAGCCAAAAAGACAUGAGGUCAUAUGAUGGUUACUCUGUGACUGAAUCUGAAAGACUCUUUCUGGCUUUUCAGAGUCAAUCUUCAGUUCUUACUGAUGAGGAAGGUGCUGGUGCUCACCUCAGCCAAAAUGCGACUGAGAAUAUCCAGACUAUUUAUGCACAGAAGAAGGCAGCAAAUUCUGGCAUGGACGGUGGAUUCCACAAAGCUACACAGAAGGAAUUAAGACAUUCUGUGGAUGUCAUCAAAACGAAAAAUGAAAAGGUCGGGCUGAAACCAAGGACCUCCACUCUAGCUACUGUUGAUCGCUUGCUGUCAAACAAUUCUGACGUUCUUCAUAGCGUGUCUUGUAUCAGGAUGAACUAUGAAACAGAACUGGAACAGUCUGAGAAACGCAAACAAGAUUUAUUGGCUGAAAUAGUGCUGGAGGAACAGCGAGGCAGAGAACUUUCUAAAAUUGUCAAAGAACUGCUCCCUGAUAAAAAGAACGAAGCUAUACAAAAACCAUCAAGAGCCAGGAAGAGAAGUAAUGACAGGAACCGGAUGUCUAAGCGCUUGACUGAGGAAGCUGAGAGAUAUAUUGAGGAUUUUAUUUCAAAUGUCGAAGAUACUGAUAUUUCAUCACUUGAUGGAGAAAGAAGUGACACUAGCUCAUCCAUUGGAGGACUAAUAAAACCAGAAUCAUUUAAUAGCCCAUCAAUACCAAGAUCUCUUCCGGUUGAAAUGGAUGGGGUCAUGUUUCCAUGGUUGCAGUGGGAGACUAGUAAUGAUGCUUCCCCUACAACAAACCUCAACAAAACACGGACGCCAGUAACUCCAAAAAUUGCCAGUUUCAUUCAGGAAAUCAAGAAAGUACGAGAUCAAAGCAAUCGUUCUGUCAGCAGCCAUGGAAGCUGGAGCCCUGAUGGUAUUGUAGAGUAUUCAAGCAGUAAGUUUGGCGAAUCCUAUGAAAGCCAGACAUUGUCUACUGCAUCAUCUAAAGGAAUGAAUUAUGAUAUGGAUGAGUACCUCGAACUCAAAAAAAGCGAAGAUCUUCUGAUUGAGAGAUGGAGGCAACGGCAAAGAAUGGAUUCAGGCAGUCUCCUGUUAUGUAACCUAAGAUUAUUUUAGCCGUCUGUUCCUGAAUUUAUAUGUACAGAUCGUCUUAUUAUGCAUGGUAUUCGUAAGUUAUCAUGUUGAUAGGCAUUAUUUGCUCACCAGUAAGUAUGAAAUCUUCUAUUAUAUACUA